CACAAGCUGGUGAGUUUCUAUCCCCUUUCACCGGGAGCCUUGGAGGCCUUUUCAGCAGGUUUAUUUGUUUGCUGUGAGGAGAGUCCCCUGUGCUGAUGGGAAAUUGUAUCCAGUGCAGCCUGAGAGAGGCAGCAGCUUUCCUUACAAGGAGUUUGGCUGGGACUCAGCUGGCGAAAGUUGCAGGGAGCCUGAGCUCUUUUCUUCCCUGCCUCAUUCAUUCACACGCAGGGCUGAGGUCUGGAGCCAGCAGCUGUGGGGACGGCGCAGACGCUGAGUUCCCAAUGAUUCACUUGGCUUAUCGGUGCCUGGUGGCUGGCUCGUUCCUCUGGAUUCGGUGUGUGGGUGCAGCUCUGGCCUUGCCUUGAGGAGGCGUGUGCAUGCAUGCGUGUGAGCGUGUGUGUAGGGGGCAAACUAUGGAUCUGUGGAUAUAAACAGCAAAGCCUGUCCAGCAAACUCAUCCUCUCUGUGUCCCUCAUGAAAAUCCAGCUCUGAUUUCAAGGCAAGAGAAUGUCCUCGAUGUUUGGCAAGCCACGGGCCACCCCCAGCACCACUGACCGUCACCUCCCCAGCCUGCUGCCAGAGUGCAACGUGGCGAUCUUAGGAUGCAGAGGAUCUGGCAAAUCAGCACUGACUGUGAAGUUUCUAACCAAGAGGUUUAUAAGUGAAUAUGAUCCCAAUUUGGAGGACACCUACAUGUCAGAAGAAACUGUGGACCAGCAGCCAGUGCUGAUGAAAGUGAUGGACACAGCUGACCAGGACGUACCGGUGAACUGCGAACGCUAUCUCAACUGGGCCAAUGCCUUCAUGGUAGUCUACAGCAUUGACAACAAAAGGAGCUUUGAAGGUUGUCAUCAGUACCUGGAUACCAUUUCCCUCCACGCAAAAGGCAUUCAGCACGAUUAUCCCAUCCUCCUGCUGGGAAAUAAGCUGGAUUUGGAGCAAUACAGACAGGUCACCAAAGCUGAAGGGGUGUCUCUAGCUGCCAAGUACGGGUGCUUGUUUUACGAGGUCUCUGCCUGCCUGGAGUUCGAGGCUGUGCAACAUGUGUUCCAUGAAGCUGCGCGGGAAGUGAGGAGGGAGAUGGAGCGGAACCUGCCGGUCCGACCGCUGUUCAUCACAGAGGAGAGGCCCUUCCUACACCUUGCUGCCCCAACUGCAGUGGCCUCCAAGCACGGCCUGGCUAGCUGCACACUCAACACUCUCUCCACGGUCAACUACAAAGAGAUUCCCUCCGUGGCACAAGCCAAGCUGGUCACGGUGAAAUCGUCACGGGCUCAGAGCAAGAGGAAAGCUCCCACGUUGACCUUACUGAAGGGCUUUAAAAUAUUUUAAGCCUUGGCCCCUCCAAGGGAUGGGAAAGGAGCAGCCACUAGAUUUCCUGGCAUCCCAAGGAACCUUCUCCAACUUCUGCAGUGGCAUAUUUGACAAUCUCCAUGGCAGCAGUGGCUUACAGACCAUCUUCCGUGAUUUACUGACAAUGCACUUGGCCUUAGAACUACAGCAAAGCACUUUGGUAGGGAUGCAGCGAACAGGCCCAGGAUUGAGUGCUGAAGAGUUUGAAACUUUGUCAUAACUUCCUUCUAACUCACUAACUAUUUGUCCAGUCCCUGUAGCUCAGUAUUGACAUGAUAUUUGUACAUUAGUCCUAGCAUUUGCACUGAGUGUUUGUAGAGCUAUUUGUUAUAACAGAAGCAGAACAGAGAGAGGGAGAUGAAGCCUCUGUUAUAUUUGUCACAUCAGCAGGAUGAGAAGCUGAAUGCCCUCGCCUCGUGCGUAGGGUAAAUAAACUUUACAUUGUUCUCCCAAGAGGCCAGAUCCUCUGCUUGUACAUAUAUAUCACCACUUCUUGAAAAAUCAGCUCCCAUAAAUGCCCACUAGCUGGUUAAACAAGAGGUGUGGCCCAUGUAAUAACUGAGUCCAGAGUAUCUAAAUGCAGUGAUCAUGUAGAAGGCACAAAUGUAAUGCUCAGUUUGGUACCCUGUAGUGGGAAUAUUUGGUGGUUGGAACAUACGACUUCAUCAGAGCCAGGAUAGUUUAUGGAGACGUAUUGGUUUUCACAAAACUUUUGUUGGGAAGUUUUUAGGCAGAAAGAGAAAGCAGCUGAGUGGCUCAGGCAUUCAGCUGGCCUGUGGGAGAGCAGAUGAGUUGUCAGUACACUGUCCUGGGAUGAAGGAGGCCUGGGUUAAAGUUCCUGCUUCUGGCUGAUUCACAGCAGAGUUUUCCUCCCAGAUCACUUUGACUCUGGCAGGCCAGGGACAUGAACCCAGGUCUCUCACAUCCCAGGGGCCUCUCUCUCUUUGCACCCUCAAAAGUUACCACAACGUGGAAUUGAGGUACUCCAGACAAGCUGUAGUAUUUGGCUCCUGUUGUCAGUGCUGAAGAUCUGCAGUGUGAACACAUAAUGUCUGAUGAAUCUGGAUAGAAGGUAGUCAGAGAUACAUGUCGGAGAUAAGGUUGUUUGGGGUAUCUUGACUCUGAAUUUCCAUACGUUCCAACAUUAGGGGUUUUGGUUUUUGUAGGGUUUUUUAAAGGGUUUCUGUAAC